GGAAGAACCUGAAUCUGAAUCUCCAAAAUUUGCUUCCUCUUCUCUGUUAUUCCAAGGAGUAAUCUUGAAGCUCAGCAAAGAUGAUUUGGAAGCAGAUCCUUUUCCUCUCCUGCCUCACCGCAUUUGUGCUUUUAGCAAUUCUUGAGGCUGGGGAAGGUGCUGCUGUGGGCUCCAAGCAAACAGUUGGAGAAGAGGACAACAAAAAUUUGAAGAAGAAGAUCUUCCUCCAGGAGUCAGAUGCUUCGAAUUUCUUCAAGAAGCGAGGCAAGAGAUCCAUCAAAUCCCGGGAUGAGCUGAACGCAGAGAACAGGCAACAGCUGCGAGCAGAUGAGCAUCGACGGGAGUAUUAUGAGGAGCAAAGGAAUGAGUUUGAGAACUUUGUGGAGGAGCAGAAUGAUGAACAAGAAGAGCGAAGCCGGGAGCAGAUUGAACAAUGGCGUCAGUGGCACUAUGACGGUCUUUACCCACCAUACCUCUAUAACCGCCAUCGCAUCUAACCUCAAGCUGGGAGACCUGUCAAGUUUGAAAGAACAUUUAUAAAUGUUGGCUAUACAGACACACACACAUUAACACACAUAUACACGCAUGCACACACACACACACACACACACACAAUUGGGACACACUGGUUGAGAGAUCUUGACAGUUAGGAGCCUUACAAAUAUCAUCAUGAUGUCCACCGUCACCCAAGCCCCUCUGGUUGGUUGGUUAGGAAGGCCAGGGCUUUUGCUUCUUUAUUUUCAGAUGCUUACUUUUUUGUGUGUCCUGGAGAGUUCAGAAGCCAGAGUAACCUAAUAUA